CGGGUUCUCUCGCCACCUCCCGGCGACGCGACUCCCGGAGCUUGCUGCACAGCCGGGGUUUCCGUAAUUAAGGAACUCCAGUCCAGACUGCGCCGCCUUCCUGAGGAACUACACUUCCCAGCGGGUGCCAGAGCGACUGUGUCAUCUCUCUGCGUUCCCUGAGGUUCUGCACGCGCUAGGAUUAACCCCUUAGUGGCUGCAGCCUGAAGUUGAGCAGCCGGCUCAGGGCCCAGCCUGCUCCUUCAGAAUGCCAGAGGGCCCGGAGCUGCACCUGGCCAGCCUCUUUGUGAAUGAGUCGUGUAAGGGGCUGGUGUUUGGCGGCUGUGUGGAGAAGUCCUCUGUCAGCCGAAACCCCGAGGUGCCUUUUGAGAGCACGGCCUACCACAUCUCAGCUUUAGCCAGGGGCAAGGAGCUGCGCCUGACACUGAGCCCCCUGCCUGGGGCCCAGCCCCCUCAGAAGCCACUGUCCCUUGUCUUCCGCUUUGGUAUGUCUGGAUCCUUCCAGCUGGUGCCUGCAGAUGCGCUGCCACCCCACGCCCAUCUACGUUUUUACACGGCCCCCCCUGGCCCCCGGCUGGCCCUUUGCUUCGUAGACAUCCGCCGCUUUGGCCGCUGGGACUCUGGCGGUGAAUGGCAGCCAGGCCGGGGGCCCUGUGUCUUGCUGGAGUAUGAACGGUUCAGGGAGAACGUACUUCGGAACCUAUCAGACAACGCCUUUGACCGGCCCAUCUGUGAGGCCUUGUUGGACCAGAGGUUCUUCAAUGGCAUUGGCAACUAUCUUCGGGCAGAGAUCUUGUACCGGCUCAAGAUCCCCCCUUUUGAGAAGGCCCGCACAGUUCUGGAGGCCCUGCAGCAGUGCCGGCUGAGCCCAGAGCUGACCCUGAGCCAGAAGAUUAAGGCCAAACUGCAGAACCCAGACCUGCUAGAACUGUGUCACUUGGUGCCCAAGGAAGUGGUUCAGCUGGGGGGCAAAGGCUACGGGCCAGAGCGUGGAGAGGAGGCUUUCGCUGCCUUUAGAGCCUGGCUGCGGUGCUAUGGCAUGCCAGGCAUGAGUUCUCUUCGAGACCGGCACGGCCGUACCAUCUGGUUCCAGGGUGAUCCCGGACCCUUGGCACCCAAAGGGGACAGAUCCCGAACAAAGAAGUCACAGAAAACACAGCUGGGAGCUGAGGACAGAAAAGAGGACCUUCCACUUUCAAGCAAGUCCAUUUCCAGGACUCAGAGGGCCAGGAAACACCCUCCUAAGAGUAUAGCUCAACAGCCUAACGGGAUCAGCCUCCAACAAAACUCGGGAACCCCUACAGCCCUUGAGAAAGGAAAGAGAAGGGGGCGACAGGCAACCACAGGUCGCCGCAGACCCCGAAAGAGUAAGGCUGAUACCUAAUCCAGAGAGGCUGGGAUCUUCAGCCUCAUAGAUGGAGGUCUCCUUGCUUGGUACUCGCUCCCCUGUUGCCUUGCUAUGAAUCUAGGGGCAUGUCUGAAUCCCUACACACAGUAUUUGUAGGGCUGUAUGCCCUAGGCCCUGUGAUUUUUCCUGCACAACUGUUUCUUGAGAUAGGGUCUCAUACAUCCUAGGCUGGCCUUGAGCUCAUAUGUACCUGAAUAUGACAUUAAACUCCUGAUUGAUCUUC